AGACAGGCAGUCAUAUAAGUUUUGUAAAUAAAUGUCCAUUAAGUAGUUUUUUCUUCAAAAUACGCUCAUUAGUUUUACACUGCUGUCCGCUGUAAGCAAUACUGGGGAACUCCCUUUUAGUUCAUCCAUCCCAUUUCCUUUUUCUUCGCAGGGAAUGGGUCUUGUUAAUCACGUGUUCAGCGAAGAUAGUCUGAAGAAGCUCUACGUUUCAAAUCUUGGAAUCGGCCAUACAAGAUACUCUACCUCUGGGGUGUCUGUCCUUGAUAACUGUCAACCGUUCGUGGUGGAAACUUUGCAUGGGAAGAUUGCGGUCGCCCACAAUGGAGAGUUAACAAAUGCAAUGCGACUGAGGAGAAAGUUAAUGCGUCAUGGAGUGGGACUGUCUACCAGUUCUGAUAGCGAACUCAUCACUCAACUGUUGGCAUUCACCCCACCUUUAGAGGAAGAUGAUACACCAGAUUGGGUGGCCAGGAUUAAAAAUUUGAUGAAUGAAACCCCCACUUCAUAUUCACUUCUGAUGAUGCAUAAAGACAUUAUUUAUGCGGUUCGUGAUCCCUAUGGCAACCGUCCUCUCUGUAUCGGCCGCCUUGUUCCAGUAGGUGAUAUCAGUGGAAAAGGGAAAAACAAUGCUGAAACUGAAGGCUGGGUAGUUUCUUCAGAAUCCUGCAGCUUUUUAUCUAUUGGUGCAGAGCCAGAUGGUAUAUUCUGUAAGAAGGAGAUGCGGUCAACAGCUUGCUAUUGAGGCCCCAGUGGAAGCAGAUUUGGUUAGCACAGUUCCAGAAUCUGCAACUCCUGCAGCCCUCGGCUAUGCACACAAGUGUGGCCUACCGUACGUUGAAGUGCUUUGCAAAAACAGAUAUGUAGGAAGAACUUUCAUUCAGCCAAACAUGAGGUUAAGACAGCUGGGAGUGGCCAAAAAAUUUGGAGUCUUGUCAGACAACUUCAGGGGAAAGCGAGUUGUCCUUAUUGAUGAUUCGAUUGUGCGAGGCAACACUAUUUCCCCUAUAAUUAAACUAUUGAGAGAAUCUGGUGCUAAAGAGGUGCACAUCCGUGUGGCUUCACCUCCAAUAAAGUUUCCGUGUUACAUGGGAAUAAACAUUCCAACAAAAGAAGAACUUAUUGCAAACAGGCCUGAAUUUAAAGACCUAGCAGGCUACAUAGGCGCUGACAGCGUUGUUUACCUCUCAGUAGAAGGAUUGGUUUCGUCUGUUCAAGAAAGCAUAAAAGCAAGACAAGACCAUGAAAACAACCUAAAAACGAACAAGUUCAAAAGCGGGAAAAUCGGCCAUUGCACAGCUUGCCUUGUUGGAGUAUAUCCUGUGGAACUGGAGUGGUGAAUUUUGUGAAUGUUAUCACCAAAGGCUUAAAGCUCGGAACUGAUGAAAUGUUGUGUUGCUGCUAAGCAAGUAAUCAAACCACUCACAUUUGCCUUAUUUGGAGAGGGUUAAAAAAAAGGAGCAAAAAAAAGAAUAAAUUUUAAAACAAUCACGCAAUAGUGCUAUAGUUGGUGGGAGGGGAGUUUGAAUGGGUAAAAGACCUGGCAAAAACUCUUGAUUCCAUAGGUGGCCUUAAUCUUUGCCAAGAAUCUUUGAUGGAGAUCACCUCAGGCUUUCCCUCACAAUAAUGUAGGUUUCUUAACAAUGACAUUUGUAAGAGGUUGUGAGCCGUUAAGCCAUCUGACAUUUUAAGCAGUGUUCAGUUAUUAUUUUUAAAAUGUGAAUUUGAUCUUAAAUCAACAAACAGAUCUUUCAAGUUUCACUACUUUUUGUCGCUGGUUUUAUCUGGCAAUACGGAAUCCCUGUUUUGUAUAGACGGAGC